AGUUUAACACUCAAAGUAACUUUGAUUUGUAAUUUUACUCUGCAUGUUUUCUGUCUCCGUGUACCUGUUAGCACAUAUUCUAUCCAAUAGGUUUAGUAAGAACCUGCUUUUUUAAAUAAAACCUAGGGAGCUUGCAGGCAUGACAGAGUUGAGUUAAGAGCAAUAAACUCUGAGUAGAAACACCAUUGAAUAUUGCAGCCAAAACUUUGUGCGUCGUCAUAACGUUACACUAUGGACAGAAAUGGUCUGUUGAGUUUAGUUUGUUGACUUUUCGGGUGUGGUUGGAAUGGUGGAGGUGGUCCUGAGGAGCGUAGCGGCUGGGUUCGCCAUCGGAGGCACGGCUCUGGCUGCAGCCGAACCCUACUUGACCACUACUGGACCACUUAUGAUCACCGCUGCCCGAGCAGCAGGAGAGGUUGGCGUGGCGGGGGUGGGAGCGGUAGCCACGUGCCUGGUGUUCACUACGGCGUUGGUAUCCAUGGGAACCGGACUUCUCCUCGCCUCCAUGGUGAUGCGACUGAUGGGGAGGGAAGGUGGAGCUAGAGCAAAGGCGGCGGAGAUUGCUGGAGGGGUCACCAUCACGGUGGGAGCUGUGGUAACUGGAACACUUGUGGGCGCACUCCCCGUGUGGGGCCACUUCCUGGUCCAGUGCGUCAUGGUCCUGCUAGUGUACCCUUACACUUACGUGAACGAGAUGACCGCGGUCCUCUCUGUUUUUUUCUCUACUCUCUACCUCAGUGUGGCGAUGGGCCGUUUGGGCGUCAUCACAGGACUAUUUACUAUGGCCAUUGCUAUCUCGUCCCUCUGUGUCCUACUGAAGGCCCUAUCAGAGAGAAGAAUACAGCAGAGAGCCGAAGGAAACAGCAAAUGGUCAGAGAGGUUACUGCUAUACUCAGUUGUUGUGGCAAUAGUAGGUUUCCCUAUGGGUACGGGGGAUACAGGUGGGACAGGGUCAGAGGUGACUGUGAUGCUGGGGUCAGUGCUGUGGGUGGGGACCCUGGCUGCAGGACUGCUAGGAGCUGCUCUGGGAACAGUGGCUGUGGUGAGUUUGGGACCAGAGGGGGCAGCGAGGGUGGCGGUGGGGGCGGCAGUGGCAUCCUCUUGUACCCUGAGACUCAUUCUACCAGUAUGCGCUUUGCUGGGGUCGGGGGGCAGCAUAGGGGGUCUGUUAGGGGGAGCCACGGCUGCAGGGGUGUCACUGGGGGCCGCGAGUGUUGCUGCUGGAUCGGAAUUUAGAACCAGAGCGACGACACUAGUAGUUCUAGGCUCUGUAGCAGUAGGUGCGGUGCUAGGCUUCUGGGGUCUAGCACUGGGAACUGUCAUUCUGGGACCAGCAGAAAUAAUAACAGUGACCUUUGUUGCAGUGGGGGCCUUUAUACUGGGUGCACCAAGGAGUCCGUUCCACACUCAGAUUAAACUGAGGGGUGAGGUCCUCACAGGGACCCGCCUGAUAGGAGGAAUCGGCAUGGAAACAGUAACCGCAGCUGCUGCACCCCUCGGAGCGGGGGCACUGGGAACAGCAGCGCUAGGAACUGCUGCACUGGGAAGACUGGGGACAGUAGGAGUACUGGUGGCAGCAGUAGUGGCCCUGGGAAAAACAACAUGUGGAUUGGGAGCCUGAGACAGGGGCUUCCAGCAGCAGACUGUUAUCUCUGCUAAUUCUCUCUGUGUGUGUGCACGUAUUUGUACGUUACUGAGACUUUACAGAAUACAUUGACAUUAUUUGCUGACAAUGGCAGGUUAAUGACCUAACAAAUCCCAAUAAACUUGAAGUAUAAAUCAA